AUGAGGAAGGUUUGGACCAAAGCAGGUGUGUUCGGCUCGGCGUCAGUGGUCUUUGGUUCGAUGUUGUGGUCACAGAAGAAGACUAAACCAGACCACCCCGCUUCCGGUUCCUCUCCUGCUGACACAAACACCAGAUCUUCCUACGAACUGAAACUGGUCCAAGUCGUGUUCCGACACGGUGCUCGAACACCGCUGAAGUCAAUACCUGAUGUGAUGGAGGCCCAGUGGGUGCCGACUCUGUUGGAGCCUCCAGCACACACCCACAUCAACUAUAAAGUGACAGAUCUUGAUGGUGGCCCCAGGCCCCCGGCUCUUGUGGAAGACAGCUACCGGAAAAACACGCUGACCGGUGGCACGUACCCCGGUCAGCUGACCACAGUGGGCAUGCAGCAGCUGUAUGAGCUGGGCAAGAGGCUGAGGAGGAGAUACAUUGAGGAGAGUCCUUUCCUCAGCUCCACCUUUAGCCCGACAGAGGUCUAUGUUCGCUCCACUAACAUUGUGAGGACCAUUGAAUCUGCCAAGUGCCUGGUAGCAGGGCUCUUCCAGCAAAAACAAAAAGAAAUCGUGCCUAUAUUAACAACGGAUGCAGAAUCUGAAAUCCUGUAUCCUAACUACCAUGGAUGCAAGCUGCUCAAAUCCCUUGGCAGCCACCGCUGGGCAGAGUCGGCCACUCUGCCAGACAUUGCAGCAGACCUGCAGAGCAUCCAGAACGCACUGGGCAUCGCUGCUCACCAGCGCAUCGACUUCAUCCUCAUUAGGGACGACAUGGUUGCCAGAGAGACGCAUGGCCUGCCCUGCCCAUCAGUGCUGGACACCUGGAGGAAUACAGUGGAACAGAGAGCAGUUGACAUGAUCUGCCAUGUGUAUGAACCCAGCAAGAGGGAGAACUUGCAGCUGUGUGUUGGACGCCUCCUGCACACACUUUUAACCAACAUAGAUGAGAAAGUACAGGGCACCUCAUCAGAGCCAAACAGGAAACUAUUUUUGUACUCUGCACACGACACUACUUUGAUUCCCUGUCUGAUGGCUCUGGGGGUGUUUGACAUGAGAUGGCCACCGUAUGCCGCUGACAUGACUCUGGAGCUGCACCAACAGCAGCAGACCAACAAGUCCUUCGUUAAAGUGUCAUACGUGGGCGAGGAUCUACUUAUACCAGGUUGUAGUGGAGUCUACUGCCCUCUGGAGGAGUUCAAACAGGUCCUCUCAGCAUACUCACUGAGCUCUGACCUCUACCAGUCACUUUGUAACAGCACAGAGGACCUGACCGAUCCCUGAACCCUCAGCAAACGGUCACGUCUCAACACAGUGCUACUCAUGACAUUACACUCUAACAGGUAUCAUGCAUCAUGUUUUUUUACGUCCUCCGUUUCUCACUCCAUCCAGCCAGCAUCACCAGGGGAAACUUGUUAGGUGUAAUAGUCCUGGAUCACAGCCUGAAGUUUUUUCAAUUCAUAUCACUUUUAACUUCAAUGAUAAUUGCUAAUCUUGAUGAAACCGUGGCAGUAGAAUGUUCCACUAAGGUAUUAAUUUAAUGAUUAUGGCAUAUUGACAAGUGUUAGUGCAGAAUUAUUAAGCUAUACAGUGUUUACGUGAUAUCAGAUGCUUUAGUGCACAGGUGUCAGUUUGCAUGCACUUAAUCUGUUUGGCUUGAUGAUGAAGGAUCCGUGUUUUUUUUAUUGUCGACAAAACCCAAAAGACUAAAACCAACGUCUCCCAGUGCCGUCACAAAUCUUUUAAAGCAAAUGACAAAUACAUAGAGUUUUUUUUAAAAGUCUAAGUAAUUUGUUAAAACAGCUAGAUGCUACUUUUAAACUGGAGUAAAUUGUGCGCUUGUUGGAGACUAUUUUCAGCUGUGGAUUGAUAAACAUUUGGUGAUCUAGAGAGUGUUUAUUGCAUUAGGAUCGUGGAUGUGUAAAGAGAACUGGAUGCAGCGCUGGAGGCAGGGCUGCGUUCAUUCCUAUAGAAGUCGCUCAGUGGUGCAUGCAGCAAAAGCGUUUGACUUCUUAGGUGUAAAAUUACCCAGGUAGUCCGCUUUGUUGGACCCAUAGUGCACAUGUCCUAGUGUUUAAUUUAAUCCCGCCUCCUAAAUGGUCAUUUUCAGGCUUACUAUGUCAGUUCAGAAUAACUCUGGAUCCUACUAUGAGUGAAUUUUACAAGUUUUAAGACAUAAUGAUUUAAAUAAAGGCUGUUUUGCAUUUGUACUAGGAAAUUGAUGUACCUUAAAAAAUGUCUGCUGAUUUACUAUAGAUUUCUCUUUGUCAAAUAAGCUUCAAAGCCUUGCACUGUUCCUGGGGGCUUCAUCAGGGUAGUGUGUGGUAUCUGUGAUUGACUCAACAGAAACAUCUGUGCCAUGUUAUUUGCAGUAAAGGAACAUACUCCUGCAUGCAUCUCUAUUGCAAGGAGGGUUUGCCAACUCAUGUAAUACCCAAUAGUAGGAUGAAUUAAUUGUUGGUUUUACUCUUUUGGGGAUCUGCUGAAAAGAAAAAUAGAGAUUAUCGGCCUUUUCUUCAGAAUUUCAAACCACUGCUGCUGUUUAUGCUUACGCUAAAAUAUGGACGUCAAAGGUUGACUACUGUGGCAUCAUCAAUGCUGGUAACUGCAAGUAUUCUGCUUAUUUGGUCGUCUUCAUGAAUCAUGAUCAGAUCUUUCAUUUUCCAUAAUUUCAUUCCUCAGGGGAAUACUAAGCAGCUCAUGUACCGUAUCUAAUUUGGGGAAUGUACAUUAGUGUGUAGGUGAAUGUCCUCAUAACCAUGUUGAAUCUACGGAAAAUGGAAUAAUUCUGCUACGGUAUAUCUCAAGAGUGACACAUUAUAUUGCCUUCUUGUAGGGGUUUGUUGGUACCAUCAAACCCGAGUAUAAUGUACGCGUGAUUACAUGCCCAUUAUACAGACCUGUGAUACUACUGUGUUACAAUAACACACAUUGUACCUCAUCAGCGGGAGUUUCCUGUGCCCUGCUGCUUAAAGUGUAAAGGUUUGGAUUAGUGAGUCAUAAAUAAAGGUUUUAAUCACUGUUAA